CUCGCGGGCACGUCGGUCGCAAUCGUUAUCUCCCUGGCUCAGGUCCCGAUUGAUCACUCGACGUUCGAGCACGACGACACGUAUCGAUAAUCGCCGGCGAGGGAUCGCGUCCUCGAGACGCCCCGCCCCCGCAACCCGCGGACUCCGCUGAGGAGUGCAUCAAGGCGCCGAGACCUAACCUCUCUAUUCGUGGCAUCUCGAUCACGCCGAUGUCGGUCCAGCAGGAGGCGACGUUAUCCUAGCGUUAGCGUCAGCCCUCGACCGGACAAACACGCGGCGAGUCGAAAACUUCGAGGGGAGAGCCAACCUUGACGAGCGAUCGGGCCAGGGCGCGCGCAGCGCCACCUUAAGCGGCGGCCUCCCGAAACUCCGCGACGAAGGGCGCCAUCUUGGUAGCGCGGCGACCCGCCAAGAUAGAGGAUCGCGGCGGCCACUCGCCGAGAAGAGUACCGCUCUUGCCCCAUGAGUUGUACCGUCCGUCCCAGCCUAGUUAUGUUCUCGAUCGAAUACAGCAAGCAAUUCCUGAGCUACCGCAUACUCAAGUCCAACCGGUUCAAAUACAUCUGACGAUACGGACUCGGACCGAGUGGUGUAUGUGCGCAAGUGUGUGUUAAGCGGCUUGGGAGCUGCGGUGUACUCAGGAAAGAGCGACGGGAAGCCCCGUCGAGCGCGGCGAGACCUGGAAAGUCUUGCGCGAUCCUAUGUAGCCUUCGCCCCGAGAGUUCGACACAGGGCCGAGCCGGCCUCUGCGUAAGGGCGGACCCUCGAAAGUCGUUAGUUAGACGAAGUUUCGAGGGCCCAAUCCAGGGAGACGGCGCUGGGGCGGGACGGAGUUGAGUCGCGACCCGCCGACUCGUUGCGAUCUCCAUCUAUAGAGUUUAGGGCAUUUAGUCGCGCCGAGUUACCGAUCUCCCUACCACGUGCUCAUGGCGCGCGCCUGGCGGGAUCGCGGCCAAUAGGAGCGAGGCUCCGGGCGGGCCGACCAAUCGCUGCCCUGCAACCUUUCCGCUGGGCCGGAAAGUGGCGCGCGGGAAAUUUCUCCCCGAGCGAGGAGAAAGGGGUUCCAUCGGAAAGUUAACUCGUACGGAGUAUCGGUUAUAGAUUCGAUAAUCUCGAUUCGGCCUCGAGAUUGGGAUUUAGGGGGUCAAUCUGCACGUCUUUGGUCUCUUUGGCCUCUGUUUUGAAGGAGCAAGGUCGCUCGACGAGUUAAAAAAUGAUCUUUCCCGUGCCGGGCAGAAUGCCAACCCACGUUGGUCCAUACGGCGCCGCUCGCUACCCGGGCACCCUGCUGGCGGCUGUACCUUCGGGUCUGUACGUCCCGACUUCCGGCUACUCCUCGGCCAAUCAGCGCGUCGUUUACCGCACCGGCCUGACUCUCCACCAAUCGCCGCUGGACCUUCCGGCGUGGCCCAGGAGAAUGCCGGCCGAGGAGGAUCUAGGGAAUUCCCCCUCUGCCAUGGGGGUUUCCCCGGGUUCCCUGGGAGCCGGCGGCCCUCCCAGCCCUGCGCAUAGUGACUCCGACGCAUCCAACUCCAGCCUGGAACUGGGCUCACUCAGGAGAGGAGAGAAUGCUCAACUCAAGUGCAGAUGGGCAAACUGCGGAAGAUGGUUUACAUCACUGGAGCAACUUGCUGGUCACGUCGCCAGGUUGCAUGCUGCACCGGGUCCUCGAGGUCUUUUCUACUGCGGAUGGGAAGGUUGUGCAAGAGGGGAGCGUGGGUUCAAUGCGAGGUACAAGAUGCUGGUCCACGUGAGGACGCACACGAAUGAGAAGCCGCACCACUGCUUCCAGUGCGACAAGAGCUUCAGCAGGGCAGAGAACCUGAAGAUCCACGCCAGGUCGCACACCGGGGAGCGACCCUAUGUGUGUCCCGUAGAAGGUUGCAACAAGGCAUACUCGAAUUCUUCGGACCGCUUCAAGCACACCAGGACGCACGCAGUGGACAAACCAUACUGCUGCAAGGUCCCAGGGUGCCCGAAGAGGUACACCGACCCCUCGUCCCUGAGGAAGCACGUGAAGACCUACCGGCACUACGUCAACAACAACGACAAGCUGCAGGAAAAGAGUUUCGAGGACAACAGCAACAGCCAGGAGAAGAUGAGCUUCGAGGUCCAGGAGCAGCAGAGCACCCACUCGGAGUCGGACAAGAAGGACUCGAGCAUCGAGAGCACGACUUCAAGAUCGAGCCCGAAGGCCAGCAACAGCUUCGAGGAGCAGAGGAAAUUCGUCGAGUGGAACAACAUGUACAACCUGAAGGAGAGCAAGGAGCCAGCCCAACUGACGCCGAAGUACGAACAGGAGGCGAAGCCCUACCCGAGGAUCUACGAGGAGACCUACAUCAUCCCCGAGAGGAUCCAGGUUAACCCGAUGUACUCCCAGCUCCCGGUGACCAACCCCGUAAAGGAACCCUGUUCACCUCGCACCAGUCCUCAUCACCUCCCGGAGACGUUACCACGAAUCGGUAUGCAGUCCACCCCGAUCAAGAGCGAGGAGCCUGCCGAGAGUCCCAGCAAGAUCACCACCGUUGACUACAGAAACAUCGACUCCAUCGUCAACGGGACCCACUGUAAGAAGGAGAGUCUCGCUCCAGUAAGUGGAUCCGAUCCCGUCAGACACUCCGUCAUAAAGCGGGCGGAGAACGUCAAGACGGAGCCGGACCGCCAGAAGGAGGACGUGAAAGAGAAUGCGGAAUGUUGUUGCCGCCACAAGUGUUGCGUGCACAGUAGCGACAACAUCCUGGAGAAGACGAAGAUCCUGUCUGACCUGAUUCUGAAGGCACAGAAUCCCCUCUUUAGACACCUCCUGGGCUCGGUGGACCUGCAGUACGGUCUGCAGAACAUGUGGACCAACAUGGCUGAUAGCGCCAAUACCUGCGGACAAGAUCUCAGGGUGAAGAACGACAACGUGACGGAGAUGGAGCAGGACUUGCCGCUUGACUUGACUGUCAACAAAUGAUCCGAGUGGGUCCGAAACCUUACCAAAAAUGACGCGUCGACGUCGUGUCCCGCGAGAGUAUAGCUGGUCUAUUAUCGUGUCCAUUUGUAAGGAGGAGCGAAGUCUACCUCGUUAUUUCUACUUGGGAAACGAUCGUCGCUUCUACAUUAAAGUCACCGAAGAUGCGGACAAUGAGCACGCAGCAUGUAUUUUGGCACCCGAAGCACUUAUUGAAACAAGUGCUUGACCUAUGUGCGUGGAUAUACGCAAGUGCAUGAGUGUAUCGAAUGCAUAUCUUGAUGUAAUUUGCUGUUUGUUUACUGUGUGCGUCUUCGGUGUGCGACCGGAUGAUCAGUCACGACAGGGUAUCAUUGGACGGAGCCAACGGGAAAUGGUUUCGAGUCGGGAGGGUUUGAAAUACAAUUGAUUCCUGAAGAUCGAAUGUUCACUGCACGCUGGUCGGUUCGGAAAAAAAAAAGAACAAAAAACCGAAAUCGAGCCUUAUCAAAGGGGACGAAACAAAACCUUUAAAUGCCAUUGAAUCGAGGGAAAGCCGUUGAGAUCUCGAAGACAACAUCGCCCUUUCAUUACCGCGCACUUUGUACCGUUAAAUUUUUCUAGGACCUGCGCAUGAUAUUCGUGACGUUUCUCUUGAUCGAGAAACUGCCGAUGGUUUUAAAGAUCACAUGCGCUAGGUCCGGUCCCUACGAUUAAUCGGAUCAAUCAAUCGCGACUUACCGUGCAAAUCCUGAAGAGGCGAAAUUUUCCUCGCGUUCUCGCGAUCCAUUUUUUUUUCUUCUAAUUUUUUAAAACGCUCGAACCUGCACUCUAGUGCCAAGACAUGAUUGGUCGUUGUACCCACCGAGGCCUGCCUUAACAUAGAUUAUAAUCGGGACUCCUCGGAGUCUGUGCCAAAGGUGAUACGAAGCGAGAACGAGAUGUAUAGCCGCGCAAGAAUUAUGCCGUCAGAAGUCAACGCGAUCGUCGCCGUACACGUAUAUGUACAUAUAUUUAAGAGGGAGAGAGAUCGUAUCGAGUCGCCGGGUAGGAAGAAACUCUCGUUGAUGUUUCUUGCGUCGCGACAACACGAACGCGCGUCCGCCGAGGCGCGUCACCGGGAAGUUGAAAUCCCCGAAAUUCCUCUGGGCGCUGCACCGUAACGUUGUAUCGUGACGUUGCGCCGUAACGUUGCACCGUGACGUUACACUGCAACGUUGCAUCAUGACGUUGCACCAUUAUGCUGCAUCGUUACAUUCCAUCAUUAUGUUGCAUCGUGACGUUUCAUCAUAAUGUUGCAUUGCGAGGUUACAUCGUGGUGUUCCAUAUGACACUGCGUCGUUCAGAGCAAUCUUUGAGGUUUCCGAUAACGCGCCCCGACCGCUUACAUACGCCACAUGUACAUAUGGAAAUAUAUUAUAUAUUUGAGUAUCCGACGUGAAACAGGGAAAUGAACAGAAGUGCCUUAUUCUUUAACAGAGAACUGUAUAACGGCGCGAGCUACCUUAAUAAAGUACAUUAUUUAUA